UGCCCUGGCUACCUUCUCCUCCUCCAGAACAAGGCUGCCCUCUCUUGCAGAGCACCCUCGGAUCCCACGCCAAGAUGUCCUGCUACGACCUGUGCCCCCCGAAAACCAUCACGGACCUGUGCCCCCCCAGAACCAGCGUGGCUGUGCCCCAGCCCAUCGCUGAGAGCUGCAACGAGCUGUGCGCCCGCCAGUGCCCCGACUCCUCUGCCUUCAUCCAGCCACCACCCGUGGUGGUCACCUUCCCCGGCCCCAUCCUCAGCUCCUUCCCCCAGCAGGCCGUGGUGGGCUCCUCCGGAGCACCGGCCUUUGGCGGCUCCCUGGGGCUGGGCGGCCUCUACGGCGCCGGCGCCACCCAGGCCUCGGGGGGCCUCUGCACCUUUGGCAGAGCCUACGCUGCUCCCGCCUGCAGCCCUUGCGUCCUGCCCCGCUACAGCAAGAAGCUCUGGAACACCUGCGGGCCCUGCUAG